UGCGCCGAGCCGCGGCGGGCGGGAGCGGGCGGGGGCGCGAGGCGAGCGCAGCUGCAGCCUGGGCGGCCGGGCGCGCGGAGCGGGCGGAGCGAGCGGAGCGAGCGCCCGGGACCGAGCGCGGGCGGAGCGGGGCCGGAGCAGGCGCGCAGCGGCGGCCGCCCCGGGGGAUGCGGCUGCUUGCCCGGGCCGGCGUGUAGGGAGGGCGGGUCCCCGGCCUCGGCGCGCGGCGGUGGAGGGGACCUAGACCGCGGCCAUGGCGACCCCGGGCAACCUGGCGUCCGUGCUGGCGAGCAAGACCAAGACCAAAAAGAAGCACUUCGUGGCUCAGAAAGUGAAGCUGUUCCGGGCCAGCGACCCGCUGCUCAGCGUGCUCAUGUGGGGGGUCAACCACUCGAUCAAUGAACUGAGCCAUGUUCAAAUCCCUGUCAUGUUGAUGCCUGAUGACUUCAAAGCCUACUCAAAGAUAAAGGUGGAUAACCACCUCUUUAACAAGGAGAACAUGCCGAGCCAUUUCAAAUUCAAGGAGUACUGCCCGAUGGUCUUCCGGAAUCUUCGGGAGAGGUUUGGGAUCGACGACCAAGACUUCCAGAAUUCCCUGACCAGAAGUGCACCCCUUCCCAACGACUCCCAGGCGCGCAGCGGGGCUCGCUUUCACACAUCCUAUGACAGAAGAUAUGUCAUCAAGACCAUUACCAGCGAGGACGUGGCAGAGAUGCACAACAUCCUCAAGAAGUACCACCAGUACAUAGUGGAAUGUCAUGGGGUCACUCUUCUUCCUCAGUUCCUGGGAAUGUACCGGCUUAAUGUCGACGGAGUGGAAAUUUACGUGAUUGUCACAAGGAAUGUGUUCAGCCACCGUUUAUCUGUAUAUAGGAAAUACGACUUAAAGGGCUCUACAGUGGCUAGAGAAGCUAGCGACAAAGAAAAGGCCAAAGAGCUGCCAACCUUAAAGGAUAAUGACUUCAUCAAUGAGGGCCAAAAGAUUUAUAUUGAUGACAACAACAAAAAGAUAUUCCUGGAAAAACUGAAAAAAGAUGUCGAGUUCCUUGCACAGUUAAAACUCAUGGACUACAGCCUUCUGGUGGGCAUCCACGACGUGGAGCGAGCAGAGCAAGAGGAGGUGGAGUGUGAGGAGAACGACGGGGAAGAGGAGGGGGAAAGCGACAGCACCCACCCGGUCGGGACCCCACCAGACAGUCCUGGAAACACCCUCAACAGCUCACCUCCCUUGGCUCCCGGCGAGUUUGAUCCAAACAUUGAUGUUUAUGCAAUUAAAUGCCAUGAGAACUCCCCUCGAAAAGAGGUGUACUUCAUGGCGAUCAUCGACAUCCUCACUCCUUACGACGCAAAGAAGAGAGCUGCCCACGCCGCAAAGACCGUGAAGCACGGCGGCUACAUAAGGCUGUUUGUGUGCGAGCAUAUUUGACUAUAUUCCCCUGCGCAUGCCACUGCCCCCUCCCCAGGGCUGGAGCUGAGAUCUCGACUGUGAAUCCAGAACAGUAUUCAAAGCGCUUUUUGGACUUUAUUGGGCACAUCUUGACGUAACCUCCUGCGUAGCCCAGAUGGACAUGAGCACCGGAAGGCAGCUGGUGGCUUUGCUGCAGGAAAAAGGAAAACCAAAUUCGAUGAAGCACGACCUUGCAGGAAGCAAACCUCCUUGUUUACAUCUUCAGGCCCAGAUGACUGAAGUGGGGGGCUACUCGCUUUAACAGCUACCUGGUAUUUCCCAGCAUCCUUCUAGCUAUUUCUGACUUUGUAUGUGUGCGCGUGCAUGUGCGCACGCACACAUGCUCCCCAGCACAUUUUUAAUUAAUUAAUUAAUUAAAACCAAUCCGCUUGAAUCAGAGCUUGUAACAACUGAACCCCUCUGAUUCCAGCUGUGACUGGGUAGAUGAAGGGAUGAGCCUAUGGGGGAGGGGACGCGGAAAUGCAUGGCAGCACAGCACCAUGGCAACAGCACAAGAUAAACUGUAGGUCAGUUUGCUUUCUGAGCUGGAGGAUGUGAGCUUGUUCAUCAUGGUGGUGGUGGUGGUGGUGAUUACAAGGAAGAAAAGAUCACUUCAAAUGUUACACUCCUGGCCCUCAGAAAUACCACCCCUGAAUGUGGUUCACUAGGCCCACAGCCCCAGGCAAAAGAAUGCUAGCAUUCCCCGGGAAUUGGUUCAGGGUUCUUCCUAACUGUGUCCCCACCCCCAGUGGUCCCAGGCUGAGCUUUCAUCUUCCAAGAGUCUGAUGCCAAGAGACUGCCUACACUCUCACCUCCAGGAAACCCGCCUGCUGCUCUCUUCUCACCUGGAGACUCAUUGUCACACCCUCAUGCUGAGCUGCAGAAAUUCACUCUGCAAACAGAUGUAGAACCUCCCUGAAUAGUUGGGGCAAUGGCAGAGACACCUCCACCGCAGGAAGAGGAGGUGAAACCCUCCUGUGACUGAAGGCAGUCCUAACAUCCGAGGUUUAUGUUCGACCAUUUGAGGAGUGGAAUUUUGUUAUGAAUUAUCCCUUUAACUGAAACCCUCAGUUUUACUGUUUACAUGGUUAGAAAAACAGGGAUAUUUUUGAAUCUAAAAAUUUAAUAUACAGCAUGUGAUUUUUGAAGUUUACAUGUAAAGCCAUUUUGCAGUGUAGGGAACGUAAUGUUUGUUGUGUUUUGAGGUAUGUCUUGCAGUUGUGUUUUGAGUGAGUGUUUUGUUCAGAGUACUUAGUAGACAGUCUUUCACAUAAAGCAAAAGGAUUUUGUUCCUUAAGAUGUGUAUUUAUCAACCUAAUGGGUUUUUUAUAAAAAGAUUAAACCCAAAAUCUGGUUAUGUAAGUUCAUUGCCCUAAACUGUGAUGAUCGUGUUUAAGUAAGUUAAAAAACCUUCCUGCAUCAAUCAUGUAUCCACCAACUUCCCUGUGUCCCUAAAAGGCCUCAAGUUACAGAAUACUAGAUUCGCUUAGAACACGUUACCAACUUACAUGCUGUGCUACAGCUGUGCCUUUAAAUGUCCCUGUCUGAUGUGUGAGGUAGUUUCUGUGGGCAGUUUUAGAAAGAAAAAAGAAAUCCACCCUUCAGUUAUUACAAGUCACCAAGUCCCCAGCCAGGCUGCCUUCCCAGUCACUUUACUUCUGGUCUGUCCAGAUACAGCUCUGCCCCAACAUGUGUGGGCUGCCUUCACAGCAUCUGGACAUCGGUGUCGGCACCAUCUGACUCUUGUGUACCGACCUGCCAGAUUCAUUAGCUGACAAGUUAACGCCACUGUAACAUAGUUACAAAUCUAUGUUUGAUGAAUUUGACAUAAUGGAGGCUGUAUGAUCAGUUUCCGGGCACUGUCAACUGUGGUGUCCGAUCUGUUUGAGUGUUUUGGAGCUCUGCUGUAACCUUUGAUCCCCAAACUUAAAAACCCACAGCCCUAAAGAUGAAGGUACACGUUGUGAUCUGAGCAAGCAUUCCCUCUGUGGCCAACCUGUAUGCUUUUAGACGUUUACACACAUGCUUUGGUUUUGUCUGUAACCAUCUCCAUCAUCCAAAUCAGCUGUUGGAACAAGAGCAAGGACAGGAGCUAACAGUGCGCUCAAGUUGUGAGCCGAGCUUUGUGAAUAAAGCACUUUGAUGACUCUCA